AUGGCACAUCGCUCACCGACUACAGUUCUAGCCAAUAACCCUAGACUACAUCUCCCAUCCACCACCGAUCCGCCCAGCGAGACGAACCCGCCCACGCAGAAGACAUGGCUGAUCUUUGGCGCGACUGGACACAUUGGGCGGUCGCUGUCGAAGGCCGCGUUGAGCCAUGGGGAUAAUGUUACGGCUGUGGGAAGGACGGGGGAGAAUAGUAUGCAGCAGAUGCAGGGGUGGCAUGAAAGAUGUCUGGGACUGUUAUGUGAUGUCAGAGUACGGCAUACCGUGAAAGAGGUUAUCGAUUUGUGUAUACAGCAUUGGGGCAAGAUCGAUAUCAUUGUGAACUGCACAGGCUACGGCGUAAUAGGCUCCUGCGAAGACCAAGACGACUGUGACCUCCGCUCCCAAUUCGAGACAAACUUCCUCGGCACCUUGAACAUCAUCCAACUCUCCCUCCCACACCUCCGGGACCAAGCCGCGAAACGCAACGAAGAUGAAAACGCAGGCCGCUACCUCAUCUUCUCCUCCACAUCCGGCGCCCUCGGCGUACCCGGACUAGGGCCCUACUGUGCCACCAAGUACGCUACCGAGGGUUUGAUCGAAAGCAUGCUAUACGAGAUCGACUCCUUCGGCAUCAAAGCCACCCUGGUAGAGCCUGGCCAUAUGCGCAUCGAUGAGCCAACCGGCUUGGACGACAAGGCACCGGAUGGAACAACGAAUGAUGAGAAUGAUGUGAAGAUCAAGAAGUACGGCCACUUCCUCGUCAAGGCGCCAUCCGCACCAUACGACACCCCCACCGCACCAGCCGGCCACGCGAGGAGGAUCGUCCAAUGGCUCUCAGACCGGCAACCCACCAGCGCCGUCAAGUCGGCAGAACUUGUAUGGCAACUGGGGCAUUGUCGCUACCCGCCGCUGCGGUUGCUGUUGGGGACGUAUGCGGUGGAGAGUGUGAGGGAUAGGCUGAGGAGUGUGAUUGAGGAGAUUGAAGAUUGGAAGCAUCUGCACUUUCCAGUUCUGGAUGAGAAUGGGAAGGUCAAAGGGGAUAAAGGUGGUGGUGAUGAGGAUUUUGAUAUGAAGGGUGACGAUGAUGGUAUGGAUCUUGGGGAGGAUGGGAUGGGGGAGGCUGAUAUUAAGGAGGAGGAGGAUGAGGUUUGA